AUGAGUAUAAUAGUUCGUAUGGUUUGCAAAGGUAGAUUCGAAUUGGUUAAUGGUGUCAAACAAGACUAUGUUUCAAAAGAGGUAUUAGAGAAUACCAGUGAUCUUAUAAAGAAUGAAAAGGAAAAGUUGAUAAACUAUCAUAUUCUAGAUUUAUCAGGUAAUUUCAUUACCAGAAUAGAGAAUGAUUCUCUAUCGUUCUACUUUAAACACAUCACAGAGCUAUACAUGAUAAACAAUGAACUUAAAGAGAUGCCCGCAGAGUUUAAUCAAUUGCAAUCUCUUGAGAAAUUAUAUCUAUCAAAGAAUAAGAUUCAAAGUAUUGAUAAUAUCGAUAAAUUAGUUUGUUUAAAAGUAUUAGAUCUUAGAGCCAACCGUAUAACAGAUUGUAGUAUCUUAAAAUAUAAUAAUCAAUUACAAUAUUUAUCAUUAUCAAAUAAUUUAUUAGCGAAUGUAGAGAGUAUACCUCAGUUGAAUAGUUUAGAUUCAUUGUUUCUCUUUGCCAAUCAAAUAACGGCGUUGAAUGAAACACUCGAACUUCUUGGCAGUAGAACACCCAAUCUAACGAAACUACUAUUGUCAGCGAAUCCAGCAACACCUCUAAAUCGAAGCACUCAAGAAAUACAACAAUACCGACAACAAACAAAAUCAAAACUUAUAAAACUUUCAAUAUUAGAUUGGCAACCUUUUUGUUAA